AUGAAUUUUUAUGGAAAUGUUCUCAAACGUCUUGUAGUAAGAAGACCUCCAAAGCCACCGAGACCAGCGUUUCCUUCGGAAAUCAAGCCAGUGCCAAGCGGAGCAACAGUCGCUCCGGAAAAUUCUCAGGGAGACAAAUUGUCCGAGGAACGUGUUGAGAUCGACAUUCAUCCAAUCGAAGUCAGCGACGGGCUCCUUGAUUUGGGCUGCCAACUCCCUUCGGAUCCCCCUGUGUCUCUACCCGAGCGGAGUCGUGUGCAGCCAGACCUCUGUGAACCGUGCCUAAUCUCUUUGGAUUCCCCCACCGAACUGAACGAGUUUUCCAUCCCUUCCUCAGAUGCUUCAGCCUUCCGUCCCACUGGGGAAGAAAACAAGCGUCCGGUGCCGCGGCCGCGCUUGAAGACACCUGCCGCCAAAGAGGUAAAAGUUCAGACGCUUGUGAGGCUGACAGAUGAUGGGGAGAACGCUCAGCUGACCUUUAACAGUGGGGAAGUGUCCACGGGGAGGUAUCUACAGGAGCUUUUAGACAUUUUUGGUCCUGAAGAGCCGCAUUUCCCAAGCCAGCCUGGUGACCAGAGCGAUCGAAGUGAAGACAUGAGUACUUUACGUGCAAAGAUCCAAGCCUUUGAGAAGCAGUCUGCCACAAGCAGCGAGGAUGGAGAAGUUAAGAAACCAGAACCACGUCCUCGUGUUCAGCAACCCAGGCCCGCAGCGAUGGCUGCCAAGCCGACCCUUGCCCCUAAGCCAACCAGUAAGAACAUCUGGGAAGGUGGCUUGCCAGCAGGGUCCGCUGCCGGAGCCGACGGCUGUAAAGAUGUUCAUUCUGCUCUGAGCUCUUCGCCAAGGCCUGUGCUCCCCACCCCAUCCACGACAGAGACAGAUGGCAAGGAGAAGCGUCCAUCCCGACCCCCCGUAGCUCCGCGAGCCAAGACCUUCCAAGCCAAGGAUAAAGCCUCUGCCAUUGAGAGUCCCGCUCCCCUUGGCCAGGCAGGACCCAUGACGGACCUCAUAAGCUUCAGCGUGGACACUAGCAAUCUGCAGCCUGUUCCAUCCCACGCACACAGUGAAGACACAGGCAGUGACUCUUAUGUCCCAAGUAAACAGGAUUCAAAUCCGCCAGUUGUUCCCCGGAAGCCAACUUUAACCAGGCUGCCUAGCAGACCUGGCAAACCGUUGGAAGCGGAGCCCUCGGACCCGCCACCGCCCCUCCCGACAGAGAAGCCAGUGAGUGGACUCCCUCCGCCCGUGGCCCAGAAACCCAGCAUCGCCUCUCAGGCGACGGCUGCGCCCCGGGCACUGGAAUCCUCUCAGUCAGAGGGCUUCUGCAGCUCUUUGGCAGGAAAGUCGAUUCCUCAGCGCGGCAAAAUUCCACCCCCCCGACCUCCUCCGCUUAAAGGAACCCCAGGAAGGCCGCCUCCGCCACGCCCCGCCCCCUGCCGAUCCGGCCCGGACUCGGGACCGAAGGACACGUCGAGCCAAGGGUCACAAAAGAAGGGUCCUGCCUUGCCUCCACGGCCAAGCCCUGGCCACGCCCUCCUCAGCAGGAAGACGAAAGAAGAGGUUCUGAUAGAGCUGGGCCAGAGCGAGGGUUCGGCAGCGGAGCGCCGAGCCGGAGAGCCCAAAAGUCCAGAAGCGCCAUCCUCCGUGAGGAUUGUGAGCCCCGCUGCGUGUGGCAGCGCACAUCUGCAGGCUCCUGUUCCUGGACAAGGUUUGAAAGACAGCCAUGGUCUACAUGCGGAAGUACUACGCGAUUUCACUGCAGGGGGUCCGGAUGAGCUGCCCCUCAAAGCGGGCGACCGUGUCUCCAUGAUGCAGCGGGUGGACGGCGACUGGUUCCGUGGCACCUGCAGGAGCGCUUCCGGCAUUUUCCCUGCCAGCCACGUCAAAGUGCUGUCAAGCGUGCCAUCCGCAGAGAGCGGAAAGACGGCAAAACCCACAGCCACUCUGGUUAGCGGCCCCAGGUGCGUGGCGCGCUUCGCCUUCGCGGGGGACCACGGAGACGAGCUGUCCCUGUCCGAGGGCGACGUCGUCAAGCUUGUCGAGUACGUGGACCGGGAGUGGGCCCGUGGAGAGCUCGACGGCCUCGUGGGGAUUUUCCCUCUCAAUUUUGUGGAAAUCGUGCAGGACCUUCCGGCUCCAGCAGCGCAGCCGUCCGGCGUGUGCGGCAUGACUUCUUCACUCAAGAAGCAAGAAGCUGCUGAAGUGAGCGCGGUAACGGGAGACCCCCCGGGGGAGUGGGCCGUGGCCCUCUACAGCUUCACCGCUCAGACGGACGAGGACCUAUCCUUCCAGCAGGGAGAGCACAUUCUCGUCACGCAGCACGUCGACUCGGACUGGUGCUGCGGGAGGCUUAACGGCAGGGAAGGGCUUUUCCCGAAGGCCUUCGUCCAGAUCCCUGCAGGGGACAAGUGCGGAAUGUGACCAGAGGUUUGGAGGCAAUAUAAUGUCCAAAGCUUUGGGAAUUCAGCAGAAAGUGUGAUUUCUGUCACAAUGAAAAACAUCUGCAACAUACUGUAAACCCUAUGCAGCUGUAGUCCUUAGCGUUUGGAUAUAGAGUCCAACUCUGAACUCAGCAAUGCUGGAAUGGACCACCGUUGGGAUGUUAAACUGAGUCUUUGACAAUUUUUGUCCUACACUAUAAUGUGGACCGUCUCAGCCAUACACAUCGUUUUAUGAAAUGCUGGCAUUUUCUAAUUUUUACUUUUGGAUGGGAUUUCUAACCCAACCCUUUUGAAAUUGAAUCAUGUUAAGAAAUUUUUGCCUUAUUGUACUUAUUUUUAAAGCCAGGAACCACUAGUCUUUUCUAAUUGUUCCAGAAGUCAUUACAAAUGUAUCUGUUCACAAAGGCAUGAAAACCUUGAUACUGUACAACUUUGAGAAUCAAUUUUGGUUCCUUUCAUUACAGCACCACCUUGUGGCCUCCUUGCAAUGUUACUCAAAUGUUUUACGUCUGCCUUGGAGUAAACGAUACCCAAAAAUCAGUUGCUUGUUUUUACUAAAUUGAACUGCAUCCUAGGCCACUUACAUAUGUACAUAAUUUGCAACUUUAACAGACUACUUUUCAAUCUUCAGUGAAGGAACUGCCCCUUUUCAAACUAGACCAGGGUUUUUUUUUUUUUUUUUUUAAAAAUCUAUGCAGGAUGCUUCCCAGAAAACUUGAUAAUCUGGGGGAAGAUGGGAGGUAUAAACACAAAGGUCAGUUAGCUGAAGUAAGAGGGUAGAGAAGGUUAAACAUCCCUGAGCUGGAUGCGUUAGAGGCUUCUGUUAAAGCAUCCAGGAACCUCAUUAAAUCAGUAUUACUGAAGAGAACUUGAGUGCCGAUACAUCUUCUGCAGGGGUUCCACGUGAAUUAAGGUGCUCAGUUUGGACACAGCCAUGUUCUAUUUUUUUUUUUUUUUUUUUUUGCUAAAAACUAAU